UGCUACCGGAUCUCUACUACAGUCAUCUAUCAAGAUGUGGGUUUCGUCGGCAAUCACCGCUCUGCAGAUCGCGGCUUUGUUGCCGCAGACACAAGCCCUCGCUGUACGCUCACCACAAGUCCCCAUCUCCAAGAGAGAUGACGGCAACACAACACUCCGCCCCGGGUUCCCUCACCCAGAUCCCACCGAAUCCUACUGGCAGGAGCCACCCCAUCGCAUUGCAAACCUCCGCACCACUCCCGAGCUCCCCACAGAGGAGACCUUCGACUAUGUCAUCGUCGGCUCGGGUGUCUCGGGCGCGGCCAUCGCAUUCAAACUGCUGUCGCGUGACCCAAGUCUCUCCAUUUUGAUGCUCGAAGCUCGAACCGCUGCGUCCGCAGCCUCGGGACGUAAUGGCGGGCACUGCAAGGCCGGAGACUGGAAGGCCGUUAAAGAAUGGGUCGAGCUCUACGGCGAAGACGAAGCACUUCGGAUCGGCAAGAUGGAGCAAGACUGCGUAGACGACGUGCGCGAGUUUGUGCGCGCGCACAAUGUUUCUAGCGGGUGGCAGGACGUGGAGACUGCUGAUGUGUAUUGGACAAAGGAAGCGUUCGAGAAGGCUACUGGUAUUGUCGAGUAUCAGAAGGAGCUUCAAUCGCGGAGACCCAACGAUGGACCGUGGAGCAACAAGCGAACUGUCUACGCUGGGCAGGCGGCUAGGGAUUAUUGGAAGUGGCCGCAGAUUUUGGGCGCGGUUGUGUACACGGCACAUACCCAGAACCCGUAUCUGACCGUCUGCGCGAUCCUGGAGGAAGGGCUCAACAAGGGUCUUAAUCUACAAACGAACACGGUAGCUCUAGCCCUCAACCAACUUUCCUCGGCAUCCGAGACAGGCGCGAAAUGGGAAGUCGAGACAGACCGCGGCACAGUCAAAGGAAAGCAAGUCGUGCUGGCUACAAAUAGCUACACCAACGCUCUCCACCCAGGCCUCGCGAGCACCGGCUUCCUCACUCCCCAGAGAGCUCAAGUCGCUGCUGUUCACCCGGAGAAGGAUACUUCGAACAACACCGUGUUCCGCCGCAGCCACUCCUACCCCGAUCUCCAUUCUGGAAACAACUACAUCGCUGUCCGCGCGCCUGGAGAUAUCGGUGCCGGCGACGUCAUUAUCGGCGGGAGCUCCAAGUUCUCGCCCACAAGGGAGCGCAACAUCACCGAUGACUCCGUUAUCAACCAGGAUAUGGCCGACGACCUCCGCGCAGUGGGUCGCGUGGUUUUUGGGUAUGAGAACUGGGGUGAGACGACCAAAGUCGUAAAAGACUGGACGGGUAUCAUCUGCAACACCCCGGAUGGGUUUCCAGUCGUAGGUGGACUGCCCGGUCAGGAUGGACUGUGGGCGUCUGUGUGCAUGAACGGGCACGGGAUGGCGUGGGCGUAUCGCAGUGCUGAGGCGCUGGUGCAGAUGAUGACUGAGGGUGAGGCUCCGGAGUGGUUUCCGCAGUCUUUUGAUGUUGCGAGAGCGUGGAAUAAGAGCUCCGACUCGUAG